GACACGCGUUCGCUGUGGGUCCUGCGGAACUCGCUCCACCGUAGAUUCCACGCCCUCGUCAUCGGGCCAUGGUCAACCCACUGCUGGAUGAAGUCGUCCUCACCACUCACCCCUCCACGUAUAUAAUCCACAUCCACCGCGAAUCGAUUCAGGAAUCGGCGCGCGGCCACGGAGGAAUCUAAACCAAUGCACAUCCAUCCACGCCUGCUUAAGUGUUAUUCUUUAAGCAACUUUUAGUUCGAUUUGUGAUCGUCUCGUAGCAGCAGCUUUAGCUCAACGUUCGCCCGUCGUUAGAGCUGCUAUGAAUUCUACGGACAAUCAUCGGCGCGGAGUCGCUGUUGCCACCGCAUUGGGGACCUCCAAGUGGGACAUCCGCCAGACGGUGUGGGACUACAUGGAGCUUCACGACCUGGCGAACUUCCCCAGGCCCGUGCACCACAGAAUUCCAAACUUCAAGGGUUCGUAUCGCGCCGCGGGGAGGAUCGGAGACCUCGCAGCUUUCGCAGCGACCAGCGCCGUUAAGGUGGACCCCGAUAAGCCGCUAGAGGGCGUCCGACUCGCCGCCCUGGAGGCACGGAAGACCCUGCUGGUUCCCACGCCGAGACUCCGAUCCGGGCUGUUCAACCGGAUCGUUCCGCCCGCCGGUGCCUCCAAGGCCGACCUGCACCGGUGUGCCACCUCGCAGGGCGUGCGCGAGUUCAGCGUGCCGCUCGCGCUGGACGCCGGCGUGCGCGUCGACCUCGUGGUGGUCGGCUCCGUCGCCGUGUCCGAGAGAGGAUGGCGCAUCGGGAAGGGCGAGGGCUUUGCGGACAUGGAGUUCGCCAUGAUGGCGUGCACAGGCGCUGUGGAUGACGCCACGGUGGUGGUGACCUGCGUUCACGACUGCCAGGUGGUGGACAUCCCGGAGGAGCUGGUGGAAACUCAUGACCUGACGGUUGACUACAUCCUCACCCCGACGCGCGUCAUCAAAACCAACUGCAGCGCGCCCAAGCCUCGUGCAAUCAUCUGGUCCAAGAUCGACCGCGAGCUUCUGGCCCGGAUCCCCAUCCUGAACACUCUGCGGGCCCGGGAAGAGAGGCUGGGCCGGGACGUGUCGCUGAGGGACGCUCCCAGCCUUCACCGCACCGCAGCCUCUGCCGGAUCUCCGGACGAUCCUUCCGCUUCUCUCCACCGAGAAACCGUCGGCGUCGGCUCUGCCGGGACAGCGGCAGCGACCCGCGUGCGCCGGGCCGGUUCCGUUUCGGCAAGGGGGCGGCGUGGGGACGGGAGACACCACCGGGGAAGAGGAGGAGGAUGGGCGAGGCAGCCGAUUGGUGGAGGAGGAAGUGGUUGCGCCGUGCCGGAUCUGGCGAGGGGCCGGGGUGGUGGUGGGGGCGACGGAAUGUAACCUUCCGGUAACCUCGGGGCUUUAAUUUCUCACCCACAAUGUUCGGCGUCGCUGGUAGACUAGAGUCGGUGUUGCCGUGACUCGUCGUGCUGCAGCCCACCGCGGGAGGUGUAUACUUGACGUGGUGUUCCGGGCGUGGAAAUGACCCGGCCAGAUCCGGCUGAAGCGAAGCCCUGAUGAACCGGAUCCUGAAAGCAGCGAUCAGCAACGAGUGGAUGAUGAUGACGA